AUGGCUGAAUCCAACCUUUUGAAACAUUCAGCUCCUAUUCUUAUGCACUCUGGAGGAUAUAGUGAUGAGAUCACGAAGCCUUCAUUUGGCUCAUUUAACCUCUAUGGUUGUACUCGGCCACCAGAUCAUCCUGAUCCUUUUGUUGCGCAGAUUCUUUCACGCACAGCCUUGACCUUGCCAGACCCUGUUUUGGGGCCGAGAAUGGAAAAACCAAGUAGAUCGACUCAUGCUGAAACUCUGGUAUUUGCUAGAAAUUCGCCAAAUUGUUCAUCCAAAUCAAGCUUGCCAUUGUGUCGGUCUCUCUCCUCAAAAGUGCCGCAAGUAUUGCCACAGACCUCGCCUGUAGUAUCCGUUUCUCUCGCAGCGUCGCACACUUAUAGGAGAUUUCAAACUAGCGAGGAUCUUUCAGAGUCAUGCUUGGUCCUGUCUGACACUGUGAUAAGAAGAAAUAACUCACCCAGAAACAACAAUUCGAUCUCAGGCUCUCUUAGCACUGCCUUUGAGGCCGAAUUAUCUGAGAGCCCAGCUGAAAUUAGUCAACUUGAUUCUGGACUUCAAGAUGCCCGACAAAGGUCUCCCAUCAGCCACAUGCGUACCUUUCUUCAGCGUGAUGUGGCCUCUAAAACAAAGUCCUUUAUACCAGAACAAGAAGCUAGAUUCACUGGCGAUCCAUUUUUGCUGCCUUCUAGGCAUCAAACGGAUGAGGAGAAAAGAUUUCAAACCAAACUUUUUACUUCCACUUUGCGAUCUAGUCAACCCGAUCGAAUUCAUGCAUACAGCCCAGGUCUUAUUAACAAAAUCUUCGCGAAUAAUAACAACGAAACAUUGAUAUCAAUAGCUGAGUCUGCUGGAGCUGAAAGUGCUUGUGAGCCUGGUCUGUUCAGUCCUCAAGUACCCUUUCGAAAAGGCCUGCGCACUCGCAAAUCCUCGGCAGGCACUGCCACCACAUAUACACCUUCUGGCCAGAAAUCCGAACAGCAGAUUAGUCUCAUUAGGGUCGCAUUGGGCGAAUCGACUGUUACUUCAAUAGACUCGAAGGCAGUUAUUAGUACUAGUAAUGAAGCAAUAUUUAUGGCUUCAACUGGUAGGCCCGCGCUCAGUGGCUCGAAUUACUGUCAUCGUCUUCCAAUUAAACCAUCAAGGGUUGGUUAUCCUCAUUCUAUUAUAUGA